CCUGGGCGCGCGCGCGACCUGGGCGCCAUGGCGGCGGCGGCGGCGGCGGCGGCCGUGCAGCGGCCUGAGGCCGAGGCGGCCGAGGAGGCCGCAGCUCCGCAGUGGCCGCUGCCCCCGGAGCAUCGUCCCCCCGGGCCGGCGAACCGACCGGGCGAUGGUGAGGAGGCACCGGUGCGGCCACUGUGCAAGCCCCGGGGCAUCUGUUCCCGCGCCUACUUCUUGGUGCUGAUGGUGUUCGUGCACCUGUACCUGGGCAACGUGCUGGCGCUGCUGCUCUUCGUACACUACAGCAAUGGGGACGAGGGCACAGACCCCGGACCCCAGCACCGCGAGCAGAGCCCCCCGUCAGCGCCAACCUUGGCUCCCCUCACCCGGCUGGAGGGCAUCAAGGUGGGCUAUGAGCGGAAAGUCCAGCUGGUGGCGGGCAGGGACCACUUCAUCCGAACCCUCAGCCUCAAGCCGCUGCUCUUUGAAAUCCCCGGCUUCCUGAGCGACGAGGAGUGUCGGCUCAUCAUCCACCUGGCGCAGAUGAAAGGGUUACAGCGAAGCCAGAUCCUGCCCACCGAAGAGUACGAGGAGGCAAUGAGCACCAUGCAAGUCAGCCAGCUAGACCUCUUUCAGCUACUGGACCAGAACCAUGACGGUCGCCUGCAGCUUCGAGAGGUGCUGGCCCAGACCCGCCUGGGAAAUGGACGGUGGAUGACCCCAGAGAACAUUCAGGAGAUGUACUCUGCGAUCAAGGCAGACCCCGACGGUGAUGGAGUGCUGAGCCUGCAGGAGUUUUCCAACAUGGACCUUCGAGACUUCCACAAGUACAUGAGGAGCCAGAAGGCAGAAUCCAGUGAGCUGGUGAGGAACAGCCACCACACGUGGCUCCACCAGGGUGAGGGCGCUCAUCACGUGAUGCGGGCCAUCCGCCAGAGGGUGCUGCGGCUCACUCGCCUCUCCCCGGAGAUUGUGGAGCUCAGUGAGCCACUGCAGGUUGUGCGAUACGGCGAGGGAGGCCACUACCACGCCCACGUGGACAGCGGACCUGUGUACCCAGAGACCAUCUGCUCCCACACCAAGCUGGUGGCCAAUGAGUCUGUACCCUUCGAGACCUCCUGCCGCUACAUGACAGUGCUGUUUUAUUUGAACAACGUCACCGGCGGGGGCGAGACCGUCUUCCCUGUCGCUGACAACAGGACCUACGAUGAAAUGAGCCUGAUCCAGGACGAUGUCGACCUCCGCGACACUCGAAGGCACUGUGACAAGGGGAACCUCCGGGUCAAGCCGCAGCAGGGGACCGCAGUCUUUUGGUACAACUACCUGCCGGAUGGGCAAGGCUGGGUGGGCGAGGUGGACGACUACUCGUUGCACGGGGGCUGCCUGGUCACCAGAGGCACCAAGUGGAUCGCCAACAACUGGAUCAACGUGGACCCCAGCCGGGCCCGGCAAGCCUUGUUCCAGCAGGAGAUGGCUCGUCUGGCCCGGGAAGGGGGCGCCGACUCGCAGCCCGAGUGGGCCUCGGACCGGGCCUACAGCGACGCCCGCGUGGAGCUCUGACGCGAGGCCCCGAUGCGGGCGAGUCCUCCGCGGUGCAGCAGCCUGAGCUCCGGCCGACCUCCUGCCCUCCCCGCCCCCGCCUGCAGGCGCGAUGACCGGCGCAGCUCCUGCAUUGGCCUUAUUUAUUGGUGUACAGCCUCCACGCUGCUCCGUCAAAUAAAAGCGCAGGCUUCCA